UUCAUUGACGCAAAUAGGGAGUGUCGUUAUGUAAACUGUCCGGUAGACAAGCGGAAAAAAAACCGAGCCUUAGAGAUUUAAAGGUGCAGUGUCAUUGCAAAAUGGUUCCUAUAUUUUGUCGAGGUUGACUUAGUUUACUAACGUCUGUAGCUGAUUUUGGUCUCAAAAAAUAGCUGGGAGUCUAAAUAAGGUGCAUUUACGUUGAUAUCAGGGUUUAAUGGCGUACGACUCGGUUCGGAACGACAGAAGUGGAGUAAACUCUCCCUGGGUUAUGCAUCAAAUGCAGUCACAUCCGAAGGGAGUCUGGCCUACAAAUUACAACAACUCAGAAAAUAACAACUGGAAUAGCUCAAUGGUAACCGACAACCGGGAAGCUGUUCCGUAUCCCAGCUACCCUUCAAACUACUGGUACCCACAGUCCCAUACAGCAGGGCCUUAUUCCAGUGCGUAUCCCUCAGGGUCAGAGGUCAAUGGACAAAGACCAUACAACCCACAGACAAUGCCAGGUUUCCCCGAUGCUGUUUACAAUCCAGGACAGUAUCCGGCAGGACUCAUCCACCCGUCCAAUCCCUUCUACUGUACCGACCAGCCACCCACCAGGCAGGUUCCAUAUCCCAACCAGGGCUGCACUGAGCAGGGAACCAGUACAUCAGGUCCACUGGCCUCCCAGCACUGCCACUACCCUGUGUCACACUGUCAAAGGGCCCACGAAUAUCCUCCAGCACCCUACGCACAUUACGGCGAUGGAGUUCACCCCGUACCUCAGAGCUCCCCAUAUCCUUCCCAGCAACCACUGCAUGCAAGGCCGCAGCCAGAUGCGUGGCCUCACACAGCCGGCUUUGGCUCCACGGCCCAGCAGCAGUGGCAACCCGAUGCCCCACCUGCGCACAACCAUUACGGGAACCCCCUCAUCCCACCCCACCCGGCUGCCUGGACUGCUCCCUCUGUGUCACAGUAUGACCCUCAGGAUCGCCACUAUCCAGGUUAUGUACCUGUAAACCAACCCAUGGGACCCAAUCAAAUGGCUGCCAACCCUGGGCCUGGUCAACCAAGAGAGUUCAGUGCCCCUCCUCAAGUGUACAACAUGGGGAAAGAACAGGAGCCUAAGCAGUCUCAGGGGGAGCCCCCACCCACUGGCCCCCCGCAGAGCCAGAACCCCAGUCUGGCGCGGGUACAGCAGGUGCUGGCCCGGGUGUCUCUGCUGCAGGAGGACGUGGAUGAAUUUGUGGGCCACAAAACAGACAAAAGUUACCGCUGUUUAGAAGAACUGCUCACUAAGGAACUGCUGGAGCUGGACUCUGUGGAGACCAACGGACAGGAGUCUGUCAGACUGGCACGGAAGGAGGCCGUGCAGAAGAUCCAGGGCAUUCUCGAUCGGCUGGAGAAGAAGGCCUUCUGAAGACCCCCUCCCCAUAAAACCAUAGUGUACUCUGUCAUCGAUGGGCACCACCUACUUCACCUUUACUGCCACUGAAAUUGUGAGAGGAGAGUGGUACAGACUCUGUUACUGGAUGCGACAAUGUAGCCCAAAACACCACAGUAGCAGGUGUGCUGCUGUCCAUUCAUUUCAUGUUUUUUUAAUGUUCGGGUCCCAUCUAUGCUGCAACAAUUAGAAAUGGAAUUUAUGCCAGUGACUCACACAGUGACACUGUGUAGCCGUCCCUUACUGGAAGGGGCGGCUGCUGUCUGUAGCUUUGCCAGUAUCCCUUUAAAUGACGUCAUAAACGCACCGUCCUUUUCGGUGGGGCAAAACCCUGCUUCGUUUUUGAGACUAAAACAAAUGUCCAUAAAAUAUCGUACUUUUUUCUGUUAUUUGCACCAAAGUCAUAGCUCUGAUAGUAACAUAAGAUUUUAUUUAAGAAAAAACACCCGUAUAUUUUUGUUUAUUUACACUAGUGCCAUGAUAUUGGCAGGUGCUUUUUCCUAUUAGAAAAUAAUCACAAGUCCUCUCAGUAGCUCUGCAUGAAAGGAAACCUUUGAUGUUCUUUGUAUUGUGUAAUCCGUCUCUGACGAGGGCCAUGACACUCGUCUUCGGAUAAUUUGAUAACACAAAGUUUCGAUACAGUUAUAUUUUACACCUGGAUAUAUUGAAGUGGAACCACUGCACCUGUUUGCUUUUUUCCCCACCAGAAAAAGACAAACUAUAUUAUAAGGCAUUUUCUACGGUUCAGUUGUAUGUGUCAGUAUUUGUUCAAGAAACCCCGUCAGAAUUCUGUACCAAGCGAGGAGUGUGACGUGUGAGUGUGAAUGUAGCCAGAUUGAAUUACUUUUCCGAUCUCUCUGAGGACCAUUUGCUGGAAAUACUGUGGAUUUAUUGAAGGCUUGCUGAAGGUACCCGCUCUCUGUAAGGGAUACACCAUGAAUUUGCAGGUUUUGGUUGUUACAUUUAUAAAAGGAGGAGUUUAUACCUCAAAAUAAACAUAUUUAAAAUAAA